ACAUUUCUAUGGUAGCCACAUGCUUUUCGGAUCAGUAGCAGUGCAGUUGUGAACAACAUUAUUGAAAUCUGUCUGUAGUCGCCCAAGAACCGUGAGGAUGAAGGACACACCGCUGUCCAACUGCGAGCGGGAUUUCCUGCUGAAAGCGAUCGAAGAGAAAAAGCGUCUGGAUGGACGACAGACCUACGACUACAGAAAGAUGAAGAUCACAUUUGGGACCGACUAUGGAUGCUGCUUUGUGGAUCUGGGAAAAACCAGGGUCAUGGCCCAGGUGUCAUGUGAGCUGGUAGCUCCUAAAGAAAGUCGACCAAACGAGGGAAUCAUGUUCUUCAACAUCGAGUUGUCACCGAUGGCCUCGCCAGCAUUUGAACAAGGCAGACAGUCUGAGUUGUCAGUGAAGUUAAACAGACAGCUGGAGAGAUGCUUGAGGAACUCCAAGUGCAUUGAUACCGAGUCCCUGUGUGUGGUGUCUGGAGAAAAGGUGUGGCAGAUCAGAGUGGACGUUCACCUGUUAAAUCACGAUGGGAACCUGAUGGAUGCUGCCAGCAUUGCCGCCAUCACCGCUCUGUGCCACUUCAGACGCCCCGAUGUCGGCAUUCAGGGCGAUGAAGUCACAGUGUACAGUCCAGAGGAGAGAGACCCCAUUCCUCUGAGUAUCUACCACAUGCCCAUCAGUGUCAGCUUCUCCUUCUUCCAACAAGGAACCUAUCUGCUGGUCGACCCCUGUGAACGGGAGGAGCGGGUGAUGGACGGCUUGCUGAUGAUCGCCAUGAACAAACACAGAGAAAUCUGCUCCAUUCAGUCUAGCGGGGGCAUCAUGUUGCUUAAAGAGCAGGUUAUGAGAUGCAGUAAAAUAGCCAGCGUUAAAGUGUCUGAAAUCACGGAGCUCCUCAACAAAGCCCUGGUGAAUGACAAGAAAGCAAGGAAGGAAGGUGGUAGGUGUGGUUUUGCGGAGUCUCUGCCACAGGAGCGAAUCACAGCACUGAAAAUGGAGGAGACCUCAGUGGAGAUGACGGAUGCAACGGAAAGAGCCAAAGACAUCGUCCAGAAAGCCGAUGCUCGACCUCAAAAGGUGCCUUCCCCCGUGGUGCCCGUCCCAGGUGUGGGUCAGGUAGGGCAGGGGCUACAGAACACCUGGGGACUGGAGGAGGAUGAAGAUGAUGAAGAGGAAGCAGAAGAAUGUGACAGUGGUGAAGAACAGGAGGAAGCGGUUACAAAGAUGGAAGAGGAACGGCAUGAAAAGGAGGCGAGCGGAGAAGGAGAUGUGGUUGAGAUAUCUGACAGUGAAGAGGAGGAUGUGGUUAUACUUCAUCCAGCGAUGCCAGACAAAGCUCUUAAGUGGGUGCACCAGUUUUCUAUGCAUUGCAACUGAGGAGAAAUACAGCAACCAGUUCCCGCCAGAAGGGGGCAGCAGCAUCAAAGAAAAGACAGAAAAAAUGAAAGAAGGAUUCUAUGGAAGCUCCCUGCGGCCAGAGAUUUGCAUAUCCAGAAACUGCAGCACCUCCUCAUAACAAAGACCAACAUUCUGGCUAAAAUGAUUCCAACCUGCCAUGGGUGAGGAUUUGGGUCGCAGAACAGAAUCUUUUUUACUUGGAGAACAUUAAGUCUACUUGUUUGUAACCAUUUUACAAUAAGUAUAUUUUACUGCCCUUGGAGGUUAAGCAGGGUUUUCCAUUUCAGUUAUGUUUGCAAAGUGCUUAUCUGUGGUGUUGAUUGUAUAUCAAAAUAAAAAUAUCAAUAUAUUAA